AUGGCUUCAAAAUUCCAUGAAAGUCUUUCACAGGACCUUUCAAUAAUGUUAAAUGAUUCUGAUGAUCAUAAUAUUAUUAUACAAGCCGGAGAAAAUGCUAAUAUAAAAGAAUUCCGAGCCCAUACGAAUGUCCUGAGGGCUCGUUCGCCUUAUUUCAAAAGCGCACUUUCGGCUAAAUGGGUAACUAAAAAGAACAAUAUGUUUGAAUUUAAGAAACCAAAUGUUAAUCCUAUCGUCUUCGAUAUGAUUCUCAAAUAUCUUUAUACAGGAGAAGUGGAUUUGACAAAAAAAUCAGGUAUUGUCAUUCUUGGAUUGUUGGUUGCGUCCGAUGAACUUCUUCUCGAGGAAUUAUUUAAAUAUGUUCAAGAUCAUUUGAUUGAAAAACAGACGGCUUGGGUCCGGCAAAAUUUUGUUCUUGUUCUACAUACAGUCUUUAAACUUGAUAGUUGUAAGAAACUACAAGACCAUUGUCUUAAUUCUAUUUGCGCAGACCCACAACCAUUUAUUACCUCAAAAGACUUUCCAUCACUUGAUAAGGAUAUUUUUUACGGUUUGCUUAAGCGAGCUGAUUUGCAAAUCGAAGAAGCUGUUGCAUGGGAUUGUUUAAUUAAAUGGGGAAUUAAACAAACUCCUAAUUUAGGAAGCAAGAAUAACGAUAGGGCUAAAUGGAAUGACAAAGAUUACGAAGAAUUGAAGAACACUUUAAGUCGAUUUAUUCCCCUUAUUCGAUUUCCAGACAUUAGUUCUGAUGAUUUUUUUGAUAAGGUUCGUCCUUAUAAACCUAUCAUUCCUCCUCAUAUUUAUGAGGAAGCUAUGGAAUUUUAUUUGAAGGAUACUUUACCGAAAACGCCACCACGAUUCUUUAAGUGCCAGAUAGAAUCAAACAUUAUUAAUCCAAGGUUUGCUUAUGUAAUUGCAAAUUGGAUUGAUAAAAAAGACGGGAAAGCUGCUCGAAAUAAAUCAAAUUUAAAAUACAAGUUCAAUCUUGUAUAUCGAGCUAGUCGCAAUGAGAUUAAUAGUAAUAACUUUAACAAUUUUUGUUCUGGACAAGCACGAUACUUAGUGUUAGUAAUGGAUCAAUCUUCAAAAAUAUAUGGCGGAUAUAGUCCUAUUGGAUUUAAUGUUUCUAGUAGGUAUAAUUACUGUGCUAAUUGGCGACCUACAACAGAUAGUUUUAUUUUCUCUUGCGAAAAAAAUGAAGGGAAUUUCAAAAAGAUGAAAUUAAGUCGUGUAACAAAUAGUAGUUAUGCGAUAUAUGAUUAUUAUAAUAAUUAUGGAUUUAAUUUUGGUAAUUCUUUUUAUAUGAGUGGUCAAAAUGUAUACUUGCAGUACCAAGGAUAUUAUGAUGAUAACGUUAUAAGUUCAGAAACGAAUAUUAAUUUUGUUCCCAAGGAAAUUGAGCUUUUUAACGUAGCGUAG